GCCUAAGACCAGACCCAGGAACAUAAAUCUGCAUCCCAUGUGAGUGACAAGAGCUGAGCCACUCGCGCCAUCGCUCCUGCAUCCCAGGAUGUGGCGUGGCCAGAAGCUGGAGUCAGGAGCUGGCACCAGGAAUCAACCCAGUUCACAAGAACCAAGAUUCCCAGGCUGUUCCAGAAGAGCAUCCCAUUUCCCAAUGCACUUGACUGCUACAGGUGGAUUUUGCUUUUCACAGGAAGAAAGCUUUGGAGAAGAGUCAGCCAACAACAAAAGGACUCGACGCUAAGAAGGGAGGCAAAUUCCAGCCUUUUAAGAAGUUGUUCGGCAAAAGGAGAAAAAAAGACACCUCUGCGUCGUCCUCACCGCCGCGGGAGGCGUCAGGGAAGAGUUCUUGUCCUCCCGGGGUCAGCAAUGGGACCUGCUCGUCAGAUGAGGAGAGUGGGGCAGACAGCGUGAGGUCUUUCAGCUAUUCCAUGGGCACGAGGGCAUUUUCCCACGACAGUAUUUUUAUCCCUGAUGGGGGAGCAGAAAGUGAGCAGACAUUUCAAGCAAUGUCACAGGACAACAUCCUGGGCAAAGUCAAAACUCUUCAGCACCAGUUGGGCAAGAAUAUCAAGUUUGGGCAGCGGCCAGCCAAUGCCCUGCCCGUGAAGAAAGCCAGCAGCCAGGAGGCCAGCUCAGAGGAGGGGCCGCUCGGACCCAAGCCCAUGGACACUGUGGCUCGGCAGGACACUGUCCCCUUGGACACUGACAGCAAGGCCGCUCCCACACCUGGUUCUCCGGGGCCUCAGGAUCCGCCGGAAGCGGGAAGGGAGAUGGAGGAGAAGAUGGCUCCUGUAAAGCCGUCUCGGCCAAAAAGGCACUUGUCGUCAGCUGGUACCAUCGAAAGCGUCAACCUGGAUGCCAUUCCCCUGGCCAUCGCCUGCCUGGACAACAGUGCCGCCAAGCACAAACUGGCUGUGAAGCCAAAAAACCAGCGGAUCUCCAGGAAGCACCGGCGACUGGCCCAGGACAUCCCCCAUGAGCAAGGGGGGCUGAAGAGUCCACCGCCCCAGCACCAGAAUGGACACCUCGGGGGAGAGCAGCUGCCCUGGCCGCGAGAGGAAGCCGAGCCACAGGGCUCUGAGGAGGAGAAAAGACAUCAGGAAGAUUACUGGCGGGAGCUCGAGGCCAAGUGCAGGCGACAGAAGGCCGAGGCAGCCGAGAAGAGGCGUCUAGAAGAACAGAGGCUUCAGGCGCUGGAGAGGCGGCUCCGGGAGGAGGAGGAGGAGGAGGCCAGGGUGCAGGAAGAGGGAGGGGACCUGGGGGGCGAGAGGUCAAGGCACCUGCAAGAGGAGGCCUGGAAGCUGGAGCAGCUGAGGCAGAGGGAGGAGCUGGAGGCUCAGAGAAGGCAGGAGACUGAGAGGCUGCGGGUUCAGGAGGAAGAAACUAGAAGGCUGGAGCAGCUGAGGCAAGAGGAGGAGCUGGAAGCUCAGAGAAGGCAGGAGACUGAGAGGCUGCGGGUUCAGGAGGAAGAAGCUAGAAGGCUGGAGCAGCUGAGGCAAGAGGAGGAGCUGGAGGUUCAGAGAAGGCAGGAGGCUGAGAGGCUGCAGGAGGAAGAAGCCAGAAGGCUGGAGCAGCUGAGGCAAGAGGAGGAGCUGGAAGCUCAGAGAAGGCAAGAGGCAGAGAGGUUGCGGCUGCAGGAGGAAGAAGCCAGAAGGCUGGAGCAACUGAGGCAAGAGGAAGAGCUGGAGACUCAGGGAAGGCAAGAGGCAGAGAGGCUGCAACAGGAAGAAGCUAGAAGGCUGGAGCAGCUGAGGCAAGAGGAGAAGCUGGAGGCACAGAGAAGGCAAGAGGCAGAGAGGCUGCAACAGGAAGAAGCCAGAAGGCUGGAGCAGCUGAGGCAAGAGGAGGAGCUGGAAGCUCAGAGAAGGCAGGAAGCUGAGAAGCUGCAGGAGGAAGAAGCCAGAAGGCUGGAGCAGCUGAGGCAAGAGGAGGAGCUGGAGGCACAGAGAAGGCAGGAGGCUGGGAGGGAACCAGAGAAAGAGGCAGUGAGACCUGAGAAAGAGAGCCCGUUCCAGCCAGAGGACAGUGGGGACUCAGGAAACGCACAUAGGAGUGAUGUGGAAGAGAAGCUGGGGGAUCCAGAGAACCCGGAGCCCAGAAGACUAAGCUCAGAGGAGCCAGAGUUUACGGAUAAUCAGCCGGGCCAGAGUGGACAUUUAAGGAUUCAGGAAGGGCACGAAGCAGAGGGGGUUGUGGGGCACCAGGAGGAGGAGGAGGCUGUUGCUCCUGAAAAAGGCCGCAGGGUGGAGGAGCUCCGGUGGCAAGAGGUGGACGAGCGGCAAAGUAUGCCCAGGCCCUACACCUUCCAGGUGUCCUCGGGGGGCAAGCAGAUCCUGUUCCCUAAAGUCAACUUGAGCCCCGUGACACCCGCCAGGGAUGCACCCCCUGCACCACGUACGCUACCUGCGGCCCUCAGCGUCCCCCACACGGCCAUCCUGGUCACGGGAGCCCAGCUGUGCGGCCCGGCAGUCAACCUGAGCCAGAUAAAGGACACGGCCUGCAAGUCCUUGCUGGGCCUGUCAGAAGUCAAGAGGCACGGGGACGGGGCCCCCACUGCCAGCCCCGCAGGUCCACCUCGCUCUCCCAGCUGCUCCAAGGCAAGGCCUGCACCAGAGGAGCACACAGGCAGCGGGGCGGCGCUGGCCGAGUGGGCCACCAUCCGCUCUCGGAUCCUCAGGGCCGCUGAGGGCGACAGAGAGGCAGCCAGGCCCAGGGACGAGCCCCCACAGGGCAGUCUGCGCAGGCCCACGCCACCUGGCGCCAAGUUCUCCAUCAAGCCUGCGUGGCAGAAGUUCUCCAGCGGUGGCGGUGCCGAUGGCCACAAGCCGGGCGCGGAGCCUGAGGGCGUGAGGAGGAUAUCCGCACCGGGGCCACGCGAAGAGACCGCGGCUGCCGCUGCACUCCCAGAACCCCGGGGGAGCACUGAGAAGCCAGAGCCCAUUGAUGCCACAGAGGGGUGCAAGUUUGCCAAAGACUUGCCCUCUUUCCUGGUCCCGAGCCCGCCUCGACCAGCGCAGAGAGCGGUUGCGGCCCAAGCCGAGCUUGCAGCUGCAUGGGACAGCGAGGCCGCGCACCCAGCUGGGGAGGACCAGGCCUCGCCCUUUGGCAUAAAGCUGCGAAGGACCAACUACUCCCUGCGCUUCCACUGUGAGCAGCAGGCGGAGCAAAAGAAGAAAAAACGCCGCAGCAGCGCAGGAGACGGGGCCGAGGCCCAGGGCGCCACAGGCCCGAGUGCAGCGGCCCUUGUGCCUGACAAGGCCGCCACCAGGGUGAAGCCAGUGCAGGCCGCCCCCAGCCCCAGCCAGGCCACCCCCGACCCCGACAAGGCCGCCAGCAGGAUGAAGCCAGUGCAGGCCGCCCCCAGCCCGGCGGCCCCCGACCCCGACAAGGCCGCCACCAGGGUGAAGCCAGCACAGGCGGUCCCCAGCCCAAGCCCAGUGGCUCCUGAGCCCGACAAGGCUGCCACUAGGAUGAAGCCAGUGCAGAAACCAGCACUGGCUCCCAAACCGGCCGCCAGCCAGACACCACCGCCAUCACCACCACGCUCCAAGCUGAGCAGGCCCUACCUGGCGGAGCUGCUUGGCCGCCGCACCGGCAAGCCAGAGACCGAGCCCAGGGAGUCAAUCCGGGAGAGCAGCAGGGACCCCCGACCCUUGCCACCACCCCUGGAGGCACCCAAGAGGGAGGAGGAAGUGAACGAGGUGGCGGAGAGGAGCCCCGCUUCCCCCGCGGCUGUGCAGGAGAAGCUCACCCAAACACCUGAGGCAGGGAGGAGAGAGAAGCCGGCGCUCGAGGACAGGCCCUCUCUGGAGAAGGGUGAGGCUGCGCAGCCGCUGUGGGUCACGCUGGCGCUGCAGAAGCAGAGGGGCUUCCGUGAGCAGCAGGCCACGCGGGAGGAGCGGAAGCAGGCGCGUGAGGCCAAGCAGGCAGCCAAGCUGACCAGGGAACACGUCAGUGGCAGCCCACAGUCCAGCAGCAGAGGGGGCUCCCUGCAUGCAGCCACAGUGGAGAACAAGCCCGAGACAGCCGUGGCCCGGCCAGAGCGCAGAGAGCCGCUGAGAAAGGCCAGCACGCUGCCCACGUCGGUGACAGUGGAGAUCUCGGACUCGGUGGCCCCAGCGCCGCUGCUCAAGGAGGUUGCCAAGCGGUUCUCCACCCCUGACGCCACCCCCGUGGCCACUGAGCCAGCCUGGCUGGCCCUGGCCAAGAGGAAAGCCAAGGCCUGGAGCGACUGUCCACAGAUCAUCAAGUAGAGCGGCCCCAGGCUCCGUGCUCUCCCGUGUGUGUGUGUGUGUGUGUGUGUGUGUGUGUGUGUGUGUCACGGAAGCCUGCAACUCGGCCAGGAAACGCAGUGUAUCUCCUAGGCCUAGAAUUGUGGUCGGGGCAAGACUGGUGGUAUUUAUCCUGAAGGGCAACCACACAUCCCAGGAACUCAUGGCCUCGAGCGCCACCUGCUUCUCCGGAAGAUUCCAUCUGGUGGCACCUGCGCCAUGCACAGCGUGUCUUUUUGCCAACCUCGCAGUAGUCUCCAACUGUCUGCUCCUGCCUUUCCUACCCAAGACCCUCAUCGCCCAUGGUCUCAGGCUGCCCAUGCUCACACUGACGGAAGCAGGGUUGUGCAUGGGCAUGCCCGAAAGGCCCAUGCUCCUAGGGGCAGUGCCUAGUGGAACCUCAAGGUCCUGGCUGCCCUAGCUGCCUUUGGCCUGGACUCAACUGCCCCCUUGCUGAAGCUGUCCCCACGCUGAGGCAUGGCCCUGCUGGGCAUGUGAAACUGGUGGCCCUGGGGCUCCUGGAGCUCUGAAUGUGGCAAAGUUAGGGAAUUCUGCCUCGGAGCCGCAAGCUCUCCUCCCAUCUCCAGGACCCCCCACACCCCAUCUGCUGCACUGGUGUUCAGGUGGGGGCUCCAUGCCAGCCCUAGAACCCAAAGAUGACAUCUGUGCUGUGACCUGGUGUCAGGCCUGGAAGUGGGGGAGGGAGCCUUCUUCACUCCCAGCAGGCA